AUGAAUGGAAAGACAACGGGCCUUAGGAUCUCGUCAUGGUAUCUGGCCAUCCGCUACCCUCUCCGUUCCAGGGAGAUGAGGACCCAUCGUAACGCCCUGACGUCCAUCUGUGUGGUGUGGGGUUUGUCCCUGGUCUUCUCUGGCCCGUACCUGAGCUACUACCGACAGAUGGACCUGGACGGCACCGUGGUUUGCAUCCCCGCCUGGCAGUUCCAGGACAGGCGCCUGAUGGACGUCUGCACCUUCUUCUUCGGCUACCUCAUCCCUGUCCUCAUCCUCAGCCUGACCUACGCCAGAACCAUCCGCUACCUGUGGACCACAGUGGACCCCAUGAAGGACAUGUCUGAGUCCAGGAGAGCAAAGAGAAAAGUCACCAAGAUGAUUAUUAUCGUAGCGGUGCUCUUCUGCCUCUGCUGGCUUCCCCAUCACCUGGUUAUACUGUGUAUGUGGUUUGGUCACUUUCCGCUAAACCACACCACCUAUAUACUCCGUAUUCUCUCUCACCUGGUGGCCUAUGCUAACUCCUGCCUCAACCCUAUAGUGUAUGCCUUGGUGUCCAAACACUUCCGGAAGGGAUUCCGGAAGGUGUUUGACUGUGUGUUGAGUAAGAGGGUGGUGAACCAGGUGCAUGUGUUUCAGGCUGCACAUGUGGUCAGCACGGUGGAGGUGGGGUCUAGUGAGACGUCCAAUCAGAGCCUGGGGUCACAGCGUGGAGAUAGUGUCGGACUGACCACAUCUGAGGCCCUGGGCAAGAAGAAUUUGGAGGUCCCGCUCAUGACAGUGGAGAGAUUUUCUUUUUAA